AUGCUGCUUGGCGAUUCAGGCGUGGGGAAAACCUGCUUCCUCAUCCAGUUCAAAGAUGGGGCCUUCCUCUCUGGAACCUUCAUAGCCACCGUCGGCAUAGACUUUCGGAAUAAAGUGGUAACGGUGGAUGGUGUGAAAGUGAAACUCCAGAUCUGGGACACCGCAGGCCAGGAGCGAUUCCGGAGCGUGACCCACGCUUAUUACCGAGAUGCUCAGGCUCUCCUCCUCCUUUAUGACAUCACCAACAGAAUGUCCUUUGACAAUAUUCGGGCCUGGCUGACAGAGAUACAUGAAUAUGCUCACCAGGAUGUGGUCAUUAUGUUGCUAGGCAAUAAGGCCGAUGUGAGCAGUGAAAGAGUGAUAAGAACAGAAGAUGGGGCAUCAUUAGCCAGGGAAUAUGGAGUGCCUUUCAUGGAGACCAGCGCUAAAACUGGAAUGAAUGUGGAACUGGCAUUUCUGGCCAUUGCAAAAGAGCUCAAGCAGCGAGCUGUGCAGCAGCCAGAGGAGCCGAGGUUCCAGAUCCACGACUACAUAGAGUCACAGAAGAAGAGGACCAGUUGCUGUGCCUUCCUUUGAGGGAGCAGACUGCCAAGUCAGUCUACUCUAGAGAACCUAUUGCCCAAAAAAGAGGUCACAAAACAGACUGGCACAGUGGGGGUGCAGAGAGGAAGCUGUGCUGGCGAUCCUCUCCAAAGACACUGGGACUGGGCUAGGUUGGUUUCAGCCGCAGAAGAGAGGUCUACACAAUCUCCUUUGGCAAAAACCCAGGGAAACUUUUUGCAUAAGGUCUGAGCAGUCUGAAGGGUUAAUUAAAUAACAUGACUGGGGUGGAAAAAAACAAUAACCCUUUUGCUUGUUCUUAAAAGUAAAGUUUUAUGUGAUGAAUGAAAUU